CUAUCACACCAACUCUCAGAAAUGAAUUUACUGGAUUGAUAUUAAUUCCUUGUAUUGGAAAUCUCCCUGAACAUUUUAUAGCUAUUAUUUCAGGAAGAAAUAAUAAAAUGGAUCUUGUCAUCGAAACUACUGCAGGAUCCGUACUUCAACUCUCUUUUCUUGUCUUACCAAUAAUCGUAAUAUCUGGAUGGAUUAUGGGAUCACCUAUCGAUGUUGAAGAAGAAACUUUAUGUCGCAUGAAUUGGAAAAAUUCUGAUAUUAAAAAUAUUUAUGAUUUUAGAUUAAUUCACGAAGAAGUAAAAAAAAUAAAUUUAAAUUAUUCUUCGAUAAUCGCAAAAUUUGAUACUGAAGAUAAGAUAAAAAAAUACGAAGAAUCUGAAGAAUUUAAAUAUAUAAUCAAUCAUGAAUCUUUACGACAAUAUAGAUUACUAUAUUAA